GAUCGAUCCAAAAACCAAACACCAAGAAAACAAAAACAAAAACAAAACAGAGAAUAAAAAUAAAAAGACAAUGAUCAAAGGAAGAGAUGGAAACAGAGUAUCUUCUUCUUCUGGUUACUCUGCAGAUUUGUUGGUUUGUUUCCCUACAAGAACCCACUUAGCACUUACUCCCAAACCCAUUUGCAGCCCUUCUCGUCCUUCCAUCUCCACCAACCGUCGUCCCCACCACCGCCGCCAGCUCAGCAAACUCUCAAACACCACCGGAGGAGGACAUGGGAGUCCUGCUUUGUGGGCUAAACAAGCAAGCCGCAAGAACAUGGGUAAUGACGAAAUAGCCGAACCUACUUCACCUAAAGUCACAUGCGCCGGUCAGAUCAAAGUCCGGCCGAGAAAAUGCGGCGGGAAAGGAAAGAACUGGUGGUCAGUGAUGGAGGAGAUAGAGAGGAUACAUAGCAACAAGUCUCAGAGCAAGUUUCUUGGUUUGAAGAAAGAUGUGAUGGGUUUCUUGACUUGUUUAAGGAACAUCAAGUUCGACUUCAGAUGUUUUGGUGAGUUCAGACAUGCUGAUGUUAUCACUAGCGACGAUGAGGAAGAAGAAGAGGAAGAUGAUGAAGAUCAAGAACAAGAACAAGAAGAAGAGGAUUCAAAGAAUGUUUUCUCCAAAUGGUUUAUGGUUUUACAAGACGAAGACAAGAACAACAACAAGUGCGUGGUUGAUGAAAACUCAGACGUGGAACCGGCGGUUCCGCCGCCAAACGCGCUUUUGUUGAUGAGGUGUAGAUCGGCUCCAGCGAAGAGUUGGUUAGAAGAGAGAAUGCAAGUGAAGACAGAGCAAGAUAAUAAAGAAGCAGAGGAUCAAGAGGUGAGUGUGGUGAAGAAGAAUAAAAAGGAUUUGAGAUCAUUAAUGGAGGAAGAGAAGAUGGAGUUAGUGUUGAUGAGAUACGAUACUGAUUAUUACAAACUCUCUUCGGACAUUGCUAAGGAGACUUGGGUUGUCGGAGGAAUUCAAGAUCCUCUGUCUCGGAGUCGAAGCUUAAGAAGCUAAAUCUUUCUUACUAUUAAUCAUUCGUAUUUUAAACAUAUGAUUACGAUUUUUUUUCAUACUAUUAUUUUGAUUACCUGUUUAUUAAUUUGGUACUUGUUUUUACUUCUUUUUUAUGGUUUUUUUAGUGUCUAGGUUUGUUUUUACUUUGUUUCCGUGUGUUUCAUCACGACGUUUGUAACGUAACGUUAAUAUGUACAUGGUCUUUUAUUUUACACAAAUAUGCUCAAUAGAUCAA